UUUCUCAUCUGGAUCGUACUUCAAGAACCCACCUUUGUUUCAUCAGGGUUGUUUCUUGAUCUUGGGGGGCCUUGAAUUUCCGAGGCUAAAAAUGUCUAUUCAACAAGGAAAUGCUGCAGAAACUAAAGAUGUUCCAGGUUCGAGUUUAUACGACCUCUUGCGAAUGGAAAAAUCUUCGAAAUGGAGUCAGUGCUCAAGGGAAUUGAAACAUUCCUCCUCUUCCAGUCCAAGAGGCAGGCUCGAGAGUCUGCUAUCGGAAUCCGGGAAUAGAGUUUGCGCUGAUUGCGGAUCACCCGAUCCUAAAUGGGUAUCUUUGAGCAUCGGGGCUUUCUUUUGUAUAAAAUGCUCGGGAGUACAUAGAAGCUUAGGAGUCCAUAUAUCAAAGGUUUACUCGGUGAAGCUCGAUGAAUGGACGAAUGAUCAAGUAGAUGCUUUAAUAGAAAUGGGUGGAAACGUUGCAGUCAACUUGAAAUACGAAGCUCGUAUUCCCGACCAUUAUAGAAAACCAAGACCCGACUCUUCCGCAGAGGAGCGCACCGAUUUUAUAAGGAGAAAAUACGAGCUGCAUCAGUUUUUGAACUGCGAUUUACAGCUGUACUGCCCGUUUCCAACUCUGCCCUCCUCACAGUGCAGUCCUUCGGGCAGCUGCCCUUUAUCUCUAUUGCCCCUCGACAAGAAAAGUUACGAAAAACAAACCACGGCCCACAAAAGCCAUGGCCUUGGCCACGCAUUUCGUAACAGCUGGCGAAGACCCGAGCCGAAAAUAACCAAAAAGAGCAACUCUAUGGCAGGUAUGGUUGAAUUUGUAGGACUUAUUAAGGUUAACAUAGUACGAGGGACGAACUUAGCGGUUCGAGAUAUGGUGACAAGCGACCCCUACGUAAUCCUCUCGCUCGGAAAUCAAUCGAUGAAGACAAGGGUCAUCAAGAAUAACCUUAACCCCGUUUGGAACGAGAGUCUAAUGUUGUCGAUUCCGGAGAAUAUACCUCCUCUUAAGUUGCUAGUUUACGACAAGGAUACAUUCUCGACCGAUGAUUUUAUGGGAGAUGCCGAGAUCGACAUCCAGCCGUUGCUUUCAGCUGCAAAGGCUUCGGAGAGCUCCUCGAUUAACGAGUCGACUCAGCUCGGAAAGUGGAAAGCGAGUCACGAGAACACACUCGUCAAAGACGGUGUUAUCACGUUAGAAGACGGUAAGGUCAAACAAGAAAUCUCCAUUAAAUUGCAAAAUGUUGAAAGAGGAGUUUUGGAGAUUGAGCUCGAAUGUGUGCCCCUCACACAAUAGUACGUAGGUGCGAACGGAAUCUAAUCGAUACGUAAAAUCAUAACUCCGUUUUCCUCGAUUUCUCCACACAAAAAAAAGAAAAAGGAAAGUGCAAUAUCGGGAGAUGGUGAUUCAAUCGAAGAAAUUGUGCGCGAAAUGGCGAUAUUUAUUUCGAGAUGGUGACCUGGACAAUUUAGGCUCUGUUUGGCCUAUAAUGCUAGUUUUCGACAUGCAAAUAUAGAUGACAAUGCUAGUUUCUCUGUAACCGAAACAAUUGUAUACACAUAAUUUGAAUCUUUGAUAAUGUAUAGAAAAAUGCCAACAUUCGGAGAAAAUAUAAAGAUUGUGAAAAUAGAGAAGCAACAUCGUGUGUUGACUAAAAUCCUCGUUUGGUUUGGGAGAUUAGCCAUUACAUCA